CAAGUGACUAAAGGCCCCGCUUACCUCCCAGGCUGAGGGACCUUAGUGCUCCUGGGACUCGGACGCGCCGUGGAGAUGGGCGUUUCCACAAGGGGCAAGAGCUGCUUGGCGGCCGGCUUGCUGAAGGACCAAUUGGCCAUCGUCACCGGCGGGGCCACGGGUAUCGGAAAGGCCAUCACCACCGAGCUCCUGAACCUGGGGUGUAAUGUGGUCAUUGCAUCUCGUAACUUUGAUAGAUUAAAAUCGACUGCAGAAGAACUGAAAGUCAGCCUGCCCCACACCAACCAGGCUCAGGUCACUCCCAUAAAAUGCAACAUUCGCAAAGAAGAGGAGGUGAACAGUUUGAUCAAAUCCACCUUAGAUAUUUAUGGUAAGAUCAAUUUUUUGGUCAACAAUGGAGGAGGCCAGUUCAUGUCUCCUGCAGAACACAUCAGUGCAAAGGGAUGGCAUGCUGUGGUCGAAACCAACUUGACGGGCACUUUCUACAUGUGCAAAGCAGUUUACAGCUCGUGGAUGAAAGAACAUGGAGGGUCUAUUGUCAAUAUCAUUAUCCUUACUAAGAAUGGACUCCCGGGAUUUGUGCACAGUGGAGCUGCCAGAGAAGGUGUUUAUAACCUCACCAAAACCUUAGCUGUGGAAUGGGCCAGCAGUGGAAUAAGGAUCAACUGUGUUGCCCCUGGCGUCAUUUAUUCCCCGACUGCUGUUGACAACUAUGGUCCUUUGGCAGAAGACAUUUUUGCUGCGUGCUUUGAGAGAAUCCCAGCUAAGCGAAUUGGAAUUCCUGAGGAGGUCUCCCCGAUAGUCUGCUUCCUGCUGUCUCCAGCAGCUUCCUUUAUCACUGGACAGUUGGUGGAGGUGGACGGGGGCCAGUCUCUAUAUACGCAAGUAUUUGAUGUACCAGGUGAGCACUCAAGAAAUGAGCAGUCACUGACUUUAUGCCUUUUCAUGUUCAAGUUUUCAAAAUUUCUUAAGCACUUACAAAAGGGAUUAGGGAGGGGCGCCUGGGUGGCUCAGGUCACGAUCUCACAGUUUGUGUGUUCGAGCCCUGCACUGGGCUCUGUGCUGACAGCUCAGAGCCUGGAGCUUGCCUUGGAUUCUGUGUCUCCCUCUGUCUGCUCCUCCCCUGCUCAUGCUCUGUCUCUCUGUCUCUCUCUCUCUCUCUCUCUCUCUCUCUCUCUCAAAAAUAAAUAAACAUUAAAAAAAAUUAAAAAAAAAACAAAAGGGAUUAGGGUUUUCUCUUAUGGAACAUCAAAAAUGUACAAAAUAUUUAUAUUCCUGAUGUGAUCUUUAAAGGAAAUGAUCCCAGUCGAAGAAAAUAUCUAAAUAUUUUUAUUAUAGCACACAACUUUAUCUAUUUAAAAAGUUGCCUGUGUGUGCAUAGGUUGGUGGAAUUUUAGUCAUGAAAACUAUUCUCUAUACGAGUAUACAUUUAUAAGGAGGAGAGGGAAAAGGGGCAAGAGGUUGCCAUAUUUUUAAGAUUUAAUUUCUCUGUUCCUCUAAUAAGUGGCUUGUGUAUCUGAACAGAAGAAUCAGACCUGGUAGGCUGGGGUUGGGGGGGGGGGUUGGUGGUAUGGUAUUAUUUUACAUUAUCUUUGGGAUAUAGACUGAGCAAAACCAUAUGAAUUUGCUGUAUUCAACCAUUCUUAAUAUACAAAAGCAGUAGUUUUAUACGGCUCAACCAAAUAUAGAUGUUGCACACAAAUAUAAAAUGCAGACAUAUUUGCACUGUUGCUGAAGAGUGUUGAGGAAGUGGCUACGAGCAACUACAAUGUGAUCAAUGUAAGGACACCUGAGUGGCUCAGUCGGUUAAGUGUCCGACUUCGGCUUAGGUUGUGAUCUCACGGUUCAUGGGUUCCAGUCCCACAUUGGGCUUCAUGCUGACAGUGUGGAGCCUGCUUGGGAUUCUCUCUUUCUCUCCUUCUCUCUCUGCCCCUCCCCCACUGGUUCUCUCUCUCUCCCUCUCUCUCUCUCUCUCUCUCAAAAUAAAUAAACUUAAAAAAACGUGAUCGAUGUAAUGCAUGUGUAUUUCAAUUUCAUAUCUGGGACCUGGGUUCAUUCACCCUACUCUUCUGUAUACUGACAGUCUAAUCAAGACAUAAGACCUUCUUUGCAUUAAUAAAUGAUUAAUAUGGGACUUCAGUCUUACUUAUUAUUUUCCCCUCCCCUAUCUGCAUUUCCUUACUAAUAACAUCAAUGUGGUGAUGUGCAUAAGAUACCACGGUUUUAAGGAUGGAUCUUGGUUGGAAAGACAGAAAUGCCUACAUUUUGCUGUUCUGUGUUCUGAAAAUAUUUAAAGUGGCCAGGGUGGGAGGGAAGCUCUCCACUUUCCUCACCAGUGGAGUUGAGGGUAUUUUUCAUUUUUCCUUCAUAAAGGGAAAGAAAUUUUGGGAGAAAUCAGCCACAUCUAUUUUUUGAGAAUAUACUUGCCCCAAAUAAUGAAUGGGAAUGUUGAGCAUUUGUGUCCAGUCUUUUCUUUAAGAUUGUCAGCCUAGGCGCAUCCGAGUGGCUUAGUCGGUUAAGUGUCAGACAUCGGUCAGGUCAUGAUCUCAUGGUUCAUGAGUUUGAGCCCUGCAUCAGGAUCUAUAGUGACAGUGUAGAACCUGCUUCAGAUCCUCUGUCCUCCUCUCACUCUCUCUGCCCCUCCCCAGCUUGUGUGCUUUCUCUCUUUCAAAAAUAAAUAAAAAUUAAAAAAACAGAAAAACAAAAAACCUACCAAGAUUGCCAGCCCUGGAGUGACAAGGGCUGGGAUGGAGACUUGGCUAGGCCCUUAUUAGCUGUGUGACCUUGGGGAAAAUUAAUUUCUGUAGGCCUCCACUUUCUUUCCUGUAAAGUGGAGUCACUUAUAGCAUUUAUUGAAUAAACGGUUGGGAGCAUUAUAUUAGAUAAUGCACAUUGAAAGCCCUGGUUCAGGAUGCUUUUAGCUGCAGCUCAAACCUAACUAGUAGAGGAAUUUAUUGGCCUGAAUAACUGAAAAGCAAGCCGGACUUGAAUCAUAUGCUCAUAGAUCUCAUCAAGGACAAUAAAUUUCUUCUUUUCCCUUUGUUUUUGCUAAUGCAGUAUUGGCUUUAUCUUAAGAUUGACUCUCCUGGUUACAGGAAGGCUGCCUGUGACCCCUAACAGGCCAUGAUUCUUUGUUCACAGCCAUCUGGACAGAGAGAGAGGAGGGGAAUGACUUGGUUACAGCAUUUCUAGCAGAGUUCUGAGACCCCCUCUGUUUUGGACCAGCUUAUGGGAAUGGCUGUCCUCAACCAAUAACCACAGCCAGGGGAAUGGAGUGCACUGUUUGACUUAGCUCAGUCAGUAACCUAAGUGGGGUCACUUCCCCAGAACCUCAUGGAUUCCCAAGUGGAAGUGGAGGUUACUGGAAACAGGGUGAAGGACUGGAUGCUGGAAAGGCAGCUAUAUGUGCCCAGUGCAAAGUAAGGACAUGGUUUUAAAGUCAUCCUGGUUAUUAAGGAAGUAGGAUUUUUUGAAUGUCUGCAGUAUGCCAAGUGUUGUACACAGGCUGUCACAUUUAAUUUUCACUUUAUUUAUUUGUUUUUAAGUUUACUUGUUUAUUUUGGGAGGGGAGGGGUGGAGAGAGAGAGAGGAGAGAGAGAGAGAGAGAGAGAGAGAGAGAGAGAGAGAGAAAAUGAAUCCCAAACAAGUUCCAUGCUGUCAGCCGGAGCCCGACGUGGGGCUCUAUCCCACGAACUGUGAGAUCAUGACCUGAGCCAAGAUCAAGAGUUGGAUGCUCCACUGACUGAGCCACCUAGGCGCCCCUAAUUUUCAUGACUUUAAAAAACAGAUGUUGUUACACCCUCCGAUAAUUGAUGAGGAAAUAGGUUCAGGAAGAGUAACUUCUCCACAUUUGGAAGAGCUACAGAGCUAAUCCAGGGAAGACCUGGGAUUCCAAAGCAGGUUUUUCUCAGGACUUUUGCCAUUUGUCCUAAUGAUUUCUUUUUCCCGCUGAGAAGAGGGGUGAACCAGGGAAAAUAGGAGGGUUUAUUGGAAACCAAGAGGAUUAAUGAGGUUCAUAGAUUUGUGCUGGACGUGAGGUUUUCUACUUACU